AGGGGCACAAAUGUGAUCGAACAAUCGUGGGCUGGCGACCCACACGUGCUCGCCCAUGAGUGCGAAGGUGAGGUCUCGUCACAUCUACUAUGCCGAACCGAAGGGCUAGACCCACGGUACAAAGGUUAUUCACGCUCAAACUCGACAUCCAACUCUGGCCAGGGCAGUGGCCAGGGCAGCAGCUCCACCGACCGUGACACCCAUUACAUCGACAGAGCUGACAAGAACAUCCGUGACUUCGAGAGCAAGUUCACCCCCAAAGGUGGAAGCGGAAGCGGAAGCACUGGUAGCAAGUAG